AUGAACCCUCACUCCGCUCCUAUCGUCCCCAACUUUGACGACGAGUGGGACGUCAAGAUUCUCGUGCCACAAACCCCUCCUCGCAAGAUCCUCCUUUCCAAAGAACGUCACAAAAUCAUACUCGAACGACGUGAGGCCGGCCAUGGCACUCAUUAUGUCUAUUGGAUCGUGUAUGACGAUCACAAUCCCGAGGUUCAUGGAAACCACGUUCCCAACUCGCACAUGAUCCUGGUGACGGGUGACCCCAAGCAAGAUGGGGGCAUCCUUUCCUUCGAUGGCGUGGACGUUGAGUGGAACAUGGUCGUCGAGAAGCGAGAUGUGUUCCUCGAAGGAGAUGGAGCUAAUCACGAAGCGGCUUGGGAUAUGUACCAUCGCUUCCGUGCACAUCAGGAGCGAAAGGCACGCAAGGAACGAAUCUACCAGGCAAUGCUGGAGGAGUUGGGUGGAAAUGAGCCACUGGCUCGGGAUGUACAUGCUCUCUGGCGCGAGCAGGAAGGACAGCAGACCGAGAACCCUGAGGAAGGACAAGAAGAGAGAGAUGAGAAUGAGCUGGACGUUCUCACCCGUGCGACGAUGUGGGCAAAGGCAUUCAGAGAGGGGUAUGAGCUUCGCGAAUCAUCACUCCAGAAGUCCCCGGCGAAGAUCGCAUCCUCCACUGCGCACGAGGACAACAGCCAGUCGACCGAGCCAACGGAAGAGCCCGAUGUUUAUGACUGCCUGGGCGAAUGGGCGAUCCGCCUUGAUGGGCAGCAGCAGAAAGAAAGCGGCCAUUCGCUCGAAGAGGGCACAAAAAUGACAACCAGCAACAGGCCCGAGGGCAACAACGCCUUGAUCGAUGUUGAGCAGAACCAAGCCGUCUACGACUGUCUCGACGAAUGGGCCAUGAGUCUCGAGAACAGUACCAAGCAUGCCUCCGUCUUCGACAAAAAUUCGAACUCUGUGGGCAAGAAGGACACCAGCGCGCCGAUCGAGAUCGAUAUCGAGACGCCCGACGUGCACGAAUAUCUCGAGUUGUGGGUCCAACAGCUCGGCCAUGGCAACUAUCCAACCAAGGAGCGCUUGCCCGAGGCCGUCAAGACGACUAUCACUGGCACCACAGACCGCACCAACAUAUUCCACGACGGCAAAGUAGCCACCGAGAUCACCACAGCGACUACGUCCAGUGUCCAACAAUAUACCGGUUGCAAAUCCUCCCCAAGCCCUGCCACCAGAACGCCUGACCAGGGCAUCGCUCCCAUGAGGCUGAAGACUCCCGAGGACUUCCGCAACUAUCGUCGCCAAUCCUAG